AUUCACGUAUUUUAUCUGACAAAUCAGUUUGAAACAUAAAUAGUUUUAUUAUCUUAAACUUAAGUGUAGAACAUUUUUACAAUGACGUAAUUUUGGUUGUAUUAUAUAAAUUUUUAUCACAUAAUAUUACAAUUUUAAUAACUUAAUAUUUUAUUGAAAAACUCUACUAACAAUUCAUUAAUAACAUGUCAAGACGUUUUAAAUUAUUUUGCCUAGUCAACUUUAUUUUGUUGUUAAUAUUUAUUUAUAAGUUAUGCACAUUUUACAACUUUACUCAAAAACAACCGUAUCCGUUUUGGCUCGAACAAUGCAAAGAUGCAGCUUGGCUACCAAAUCAGCCCAUACCUUUGCCAGAAUGGGGUGAUCCAAGAGACCCUUAUGAAAUUAAUUCUAUAAAUGAAUAUGACAAUUUGAAUAAAAGUUUUGAAAAUGUAUUACAAACACUGUUGAAAACAAACAACUAUGAUUCUCUACAUAAUUUCAUCAGGUUUUACAAACACUAUAAAAGUGGAAACUAUGAUUCAUUAGAAGAAUUUUUCAGAGAGUAUAAACCAAUACUAACAAGAGAUGCAAAUAAUUGUGUUGGACUGGCUUUGCUAUUGCUUGAAAGAUUAAUACUACUUGAUCAAAUUUAUCCUGGCAUUAAAAAAUGUUUAUACUUGGUAUCUUGUGAAAUGAGACUGCAAAAUAUUGAAAGAUAUGAAAUUAGAGACAAUCCAGAUCCAUGGGUUGUUGAUAAAGAACAUGUCUUAGUGGCUAUGAAGAUUAAGGUAAUUGGACGAAAUGGUAUCAUGAUACUCGAUCCAGGAUUUCAAAUUGGUAGAGUUAUUACUGUAAUGAAUGAUGGACUGAGCCCACAUACGGAUACAUUUAAAGCAGUAUCGUCUCCAGAAAAAAAAUAUAAUUAUCAAAUAGCAUUGGAUGGGAAAUAUUUGAAAUGGACAAUGUUUGAUAAUUUCACAAAGCCAGAAAUAAAUCUAAUUUAUAUCGAUGCUGCCUAUAUUACACCAGUUAGUGUCACUGAACGUCGCAACUUGAUUAGUAAAUUUAGAAGUAUAUUGUCGUCUAGUGAUAAAGGACAUUUAUUGGCUGGUGUAUACUUCAAAUCAAAUUAUAAAGCAGGCAUUCAUUUAUUUUAUGAGGACGAAGAAGAUAAAAAAAAUAAAGGUUCAAUCACAGUAUCGCCCAAAUAUUUUAUUUCACCAGAUAAAAUUGAUUCAAAUGUUGAAUAUAUGUUAGAAAAAUGUAGCAGGUAUCUAAGGUUACCAUUGAAUGAUUUACAAAACAUUUUAACAGAAAUUGCAUACAUUCUAGAAGAUGAACAAUUUCAAAUUAGUAUGCUGAAAAUUGAUAAUGAAAUUAUUGAACGAGCUAAACAUAAUAGCGAAAGUAUUGAUAGUAAUUAUAGCAAUUACAGUAAUUAUAGUUAGUUAUCAAAACCAAAUUAACUAAAAUGUAUAUAAAUAUUUUACAUAAAUUAAACUAUAUUUUAAAUUAAACAAAAAUUAUUUUAUUAUUAUUAUUGGUUAAGUAAUAACUGCACAUAUUAUUAGUAGUACCACUCUGCCUUGCACCACUUUAUCAAUCUUAAAAAGGUAGUCCUUUUACUUGAUUGUAAAAUACCAAUUUUAUAAGAAAUGUGAAGCAUCAUCUCUAAACAUUUGAUCCAAACAUGAAGCGGAGAGAGCCCAUAUCUUAAAUUAUUUUCGUUACAAGUCAAUGUUUUUAUUUUUUCUAUAUUAUUCAUAUCUUUAUGUGUACAUUUACAUACAAAACAUGUUUGGCUAGAUGUACUAGUUAAUUACCUUUCCGUCUACCAUAGUUAAAUAAAAAUGAUAAUUUACUUCAAACUGAUUAAAAACAAUAAGUGGUUUUAAAUUCAUAAUUUCAUUUUCAAUUUUUGUAACCUCUUUCCAUAUUAGAUAAGUGGUUUCUUUUUCAUUUAAAAAUUUUAACGGACGGCAAUAACGA